ACUACUCCAAUACACAUCCAUACUUCAGUCGCCUUCUACACUUCCGGCUUCUUCGGCCAUAGUUGGCCUCAUUUGGGCGGUUGAGAGCAUGCUGUCCCAUCAGUCUACCCUGUCGUAGAAUUUUUUUCCAAGCUACGGACAUCCAAGCCAGGACCCUGAAUCGCGCGAUCAAUCCUACAACGACGACACACUCGCGCCAGGAUGGAUGACAUCGAAGCCCUCGAGGCCCUGUCUCUAGUCUCCAAAGUCGCCUCUGAACUACAAAAUCACUUGGGCAUUAGCGACAAGACACUUGCUGAGUUCGUUAUAGAUCAGCAUUCGAAAUGCAGUUCUCUUGCCGAGUUCAAGUCAAAACUGGAGGAGAUGGGCGCAGAGUUUCCACAAAGUCUCGUGGAGAGCGUGGAUCGCCUGGUGCUGACGAUGCAUCCGAAAUACAAACGCAAGAACAGUUCGGAUCCCAAAACCCAGGCUACAGAAAAGGAACCAGAAAACGAAAGGGACAGGAAGGCAAGAGUGUUCAAAGGCUUAGCGCUGCCGGAUAAGGAGCUGGAGUUUGAGGUUACGAGCAAGGAAGACCUAGAAGAAGACGUCAAGCUUGGUGAACUGGAUGACACGUUUGCUAUGCUUGAGGGCCUCGCAGGGAAGGCUAAACCUCCCGUCACCUCGGACCAGUCCCGCAAGCGCUCUUUCAGAUCGCGUUCCCGAUCAAGAUCGCGGUCACCGUCACGCAGCCCAGCUCGCCACAAGCGACGUGUCGACCGCAAUGACGAUUAUCUAUUUGAAGAUGAGUUUGGCCGCACAAGAAAAGUCAAGAGCAAGGACACUAGAAAACCAAGGAGGCGACGCCGCUCUUCGACCGACUCGGAGGUACUCGUGAGACCCCCGACUCCGGAGAUCGAUGAGUCGCCCAUCAUGUUCAAGAUCUACAACGGGACAGUCACCGGGCUGAAGGACUUUGGCGCAUUUGUCAACGUACUGGGCGUCAAGGGAAGAGUAGACGGCUUAGUGCACGUUUCGCAGAUGAUUGACGGUGCUCGAGUAAAUCACCCGUCCGAUAUCGUCUCGCGUGGACAAGAAGUGAAAGUCAAGGUCAUCAAGAUGGAGAACAAUCGCAUCAGUCUCUCCAUGAAGGAAGUGGACCAGGUCAGUGGACACGACUUGACGCCUCAGAAACGAAUAGCGUCCGGUGCCAACAUGGAAGGAGUGGGAGUUGGAUCGAAUGGGUUGAAUGGGGACAGCCGGUAUGGGGGCUUUGAAUCGAACGUUCCGGUGAUUGAAGGCACGCAAAUGUCAAGACAACAGAGAACCCGGAAACGACUCACAUCACCAGAGCGAUGGGAGAUUCGACAAUUGAUUGCCUCGGGUGCAGUCAAAAGGGAGGACUACCCUGAUCUUGAUGCUAUACAGGACGAAAACCUUGAUGAGAAUGGAGAGAUUGAACAAGAAGAGGAUAUCGAUAUUGAAGUUCGCGAGGAUGAGCCUCCAUUUCUUGCUGGGCAGACCAAGCAAUCGCUUGAACUGUCGCCCAUCAGAGUCAUCAAGGCCCCUGAUGGUUCAUUGAACAGAGCCGCAAUGUCCGGAGAUGUACUGGCCCGUGACCGCCGUGAACUGCGGCAGCAAGAAGCAAGAGACAAGGCAUCGCAAGAGGCAAGCAAGGUAGAUCUCUCCGCCCAGUGGAACGAUCCCAUGGCUGGACCGGAUCAGAAGAAAUUUGCGAGCGACUUGCGGAAUGCCAGAGCCAAUGCUGCCAGUGCUCCUGUUCCAGAAUGGAAGCGCAUUGAACAAGGCAAAGACCAAUCCUUUGGCAAACGCACGAAUAUGUCUAUCGACCAACAAAGAAAGAGCCUGCCAGUCUACAAGUUCCGCAAGCAGCUGCUUGAUGCCGUGCGUCAGCAUCAGCUUCUGAUUGUUGUUGGAGACACUGGAUCGGGGAAGACAACACAGCUGACGCAGUAUCUGGCUGAAGAUGGACAUGCGAAUGAAGGCAUGAUUGGCUGCACACAGCCUCGACGUGUGGCAGCCAUGUCGGUUGCCCAAAGAGUGUCUGAGGAGGUUGGCUGUAAGCUUGGGCAAGAAGUUGGUUACACUAUCCGAUUUGAGGAUAUGACGGGUCCGGAGACAAAGAUUAAAUACAUGACAGACGGUAUCUUGCAGCGUGAGAUUCUGUUGGAUCCUUUCCUGCACCGGUACUCCGUCAUCAUGCUUGACGAAGCUCACGAGCGUACAAUCGCCACAGAUGUGCUGUUUGGACUUCUGAAGAAGACAUUGAAACGCCGCCCGGACCUGAAAGUAAUUAUCACCUCUGCCACCCUAGACGCAGACAAGUUUUCCGAAUACUUCAACAAAUGCCCUAUUUUCUCCAUCCCAGGUCGGACGUUCCCGGUUGAAAUUAUGUAUUCUAGAGAGCCGGAGUCGGAUUACCUGGAUGCAGCACUUACGACGGUGAUGCAGAUUCAUCUCACCGAGCCCAUGGGCGACAUACUGCUGUUCCUGACUGGCAAAGAAGAAAUUGACACAUCGUGCGAAAUUCUCCACGAGCGAAUGAAAGCCCUCGGACCCAGUGUGCCGGAGUUGAUGAUUCUGCCCAUUUACGGUGCGUUGCCAAGCGAAAUCGCCAGUCGCAUCUUCGAGCCUGCUCCACCAGGGUCGAGAAAGGUGGUCAUCGCCACGAAUAUUGCCGAAACCUCCAUUACCAUCGACGGCAUCUACUAUGUCGUGGACCCAGGGUUCGUCAAGCAGAUGGCAUAUGAUGCCAAGCUUGGGAUGGACCGACUGCAAGUGACGCCCAUAUCCCAGGCCCAGGCGAAACAAAGAGCUGGCCGCGCAGGCAGGACGGGCCCGGGUAAAUGUUUCCGUCUGUACACAGAAGCAGCUUUCCAGUCUGAGAUGCUGCCCACCACUAUUCCAGAGAUCCAGCGGCAGAAUCUUUCAAACACCAUCCUUAUGCUCAAAGCUAUGGGAAUCAAUGACCUCCUCCACUUUGACUUUAUGGACCCACCUCCGACGAACACUAUGCUGACUGCACUCGAGGAGCUAUAUGCGCUUUCGGCCUUGGACGACGAAGGCCUGCUUACAAGACUGGGGCGCCAGAUGGCCGAUUACCCCAUGGAGCCGUCCCUAGCCAAGGGUCUGAUUACUUCUGUGGACAUGCAAUGCUCAGACGAGAUGCUAACGAUAGUGUCCAUGCUUUCGAUUCAGACAGUGUUUCAUCGACCAAAGGACAAGCAGCAGCAGGCGGAUCAGAAGAAGGCCAAAUUCCACGAUCCACAUGGCGACCAUCUGACGUUGUUGAACGUCUACAAUGCGUGGAAGAACAGUCGAUACUCGACGCCUUGGUGCUUCGAAAACUUUAUCCAGCCGCGGUCGAUGAAACGGGCGCAGGAAGUGAGACAGCAGCUCGUGCAGAUCCUGCAGCGCCACUCUCGACAGGUCGUGUCCUGCGGCCGAAACACGAUGAAGGUGCGCCAGGCGCUUUGCGGAGGCUUCUUCCGCAACAGUGCUCGCAAGGACCCGACAGAGGGCUACAAGACUCUGGUCGAAGGCACGCCAGUCUACCUGCAUCCCUCGUCGGCGCUGUUCGGGAAGCCCACGGAACAUGUCAUCUACCACAGCCUCGUCGAGACGACAAAGGAAUACAUGCACAACGUCACCGCGAUCGAGCCCAAGUGGCUCGUGGAAGCUGCACCUACCUUUUUCAAGGUGGCAGGGACGGACCGGCUGAGCCAGCGCAAGAAAGCGGAGCGUAUCCAGCCGCUGCACAACCGGUUCGCGGGCGAGGACGACUGGAGGCUCUCGGCGCAGAAGAAACAGGGCAGAGGCGGCGGUGGGACGUGGGGAUGAUGAUGAUGAUGAUGAUGUAUCAAUACGGACUCGUGUAUAUAUUUGUUCUAGCUUGGGGACUGCUUGUCCUGAGUGCGUCGAAGACUGUCGUCAUCAU